UUGUGAUCUUCCGGUGUCAAAGUUGACCGGCUCGGUUGUCAUGUCUUUGUUUGCCUCUGUAUCGUCAUAAGUCUUGUGAAUAGAAGUGUGGAGUAGAUGGGAAAACAACACAUAUCAACAGAGAAGAAAUUAAUUUAAGCCUCGCACUUAACAGCACCCAAAAGAUGGAAGAAAAGCUGAAUGGAUCACUGCCUGUUGUCUCCCCGGAGUAUCUUCAUCAGUGGGUUCGGUCUGCCCAGCAGUUUCAAGCUCUUCAGACUCAAUACGCAAACCUCAACCCCAAACACCAAUUUCACUACCCAGAGAAUCAGACUGGAGAGACAGACAUGGCUCACACGGCUAACCCAGAACCCACCAUGGAUCAGCUGGAACCCACCAACUUGACUAAACCUCCAGCCAAAAAGAGAGGUAGAGCAGCACAACCUAAGGAACCCAAACCACCAAGAGCUCCCAAGGAACCCAAACCACCAAAAGCUCCCAAGGCACCAAAACCACCCAAGGACCCAAAUGCCCCUAAAGCCAAACCGGGCCCAAAGCCCAAAAAAGCUGCUGAAGCUCAGGGUGAUGGCAAACAGGAGAAGAUUGAUGAGAGCUUCAAGAAGGUCAAAAGGAAAGUGGACCGCUUCAAAGGAAUGACAGAGGAGGAAGUCAUGACAAAGACUUUACCAGACCUGCUGGACUACAACCUCGACUAUGUCAUUAUUGGAAUUAAUCCGGGGCUGAUGGCAGCUUUCAUUGGUCGCUGGUUUCCUGGUCCUGGAAAUCACUUUUGGAAAUGCCUGUAUCUGUCUGGAUUCACAGAGGAGCAGCUCAACCACAUGCACGACACAACACUGCCCGUCAAGUACAAAAUGGGCUUCACAAACAUGGUAGCAAGGGCGACACCUGGAAGCAAAGACCUCUCAAGUAAAGAGUUACGCGAAGGAGGCAAGAUUCUUGUGGAGAAGUUGAUGAAAUACAAACCACUAAUUGCUGUGUUCAAUGGAAAAUGUAUCUAUGAAAUGUUCUGCAGAGAGCUGUUUGGAAAAAAACCACAAAAACUUGAAUUUGGUUUGCAGCCGCACAAGAUCCCUGACUGUGAUGUGGCGCUGUAUUUGAUGCCUUCAUCCAGCGCUCGUUGUGCCCAGUUUCCUCGUGCUCAGGAUAAAGUUCACUUCUACAUCAAGUUGAGGGAGCUCAGAGAUCAGCUGAAGGGAGAAAAGAGAAGUGCUGAGAUCCAGGAAGUGGACUACAGCUUUGACCUUAAGCUAGCUAAGGAGGAUGCUAAGAGGUUAGCCAUAAAGGAGGAGCAGUAUGAUCCUGGUUAUGAAGACGCUUAUGGAGGAGCCUACGUGGAGAACGGUCCUGACGAAGGCCAAGCUGGAAGUCACAUUAAUGGUCAUUGUACGUUCUCAUCUGCUGGAAACGCAGAAGAAGCGAAGGAGGCGAGUACAUCCCAAUCAGAGGGCCAGCUCCCAGACGGACAGUGGAUGACCCAGUCGUUUGCUGAUCAGAUUCCAAACAUUAGUGAUAGACCAAAAGAUGGCAGCGUGUGAGGACAUAAUCCAGGAAGUCAGUCCUCAGACCUCGCUUAGUUAGGUUUUAGAUAUUUGCUCUUAUUAAUGGCGUCUGAGUGAAAAACAAACACAAGUAGAAGCUUAGCAGACUCUUUUCUGCACAUUUUAUUCUUUAUUUUAUGCUCUUCUGAACAUGUGCGCUUGUCUACACAGCAGUCUUUUUAACAUGCGAAAUCAGGGACAGUGGUUGUUGUGUACUUAACCACCAGGUUUUAACUGUUGUUUACUGCACUGAGCUGCAGUAAGCAUCAACGCUUGAAUCUGCUGUAAGAGCAGGAGUUAUUCUAUAAGCUCUCAUCCUUGUGGUCCUCACUGUGGAGCGAGGGCUACGUUCAUCAUGGUGCUAUGAGAUAAUGAGUCUGCAGCUACGAGGGAGAACCUAUGAGAAGACUUUAAUGUUACACAACUCUAAACACUUCUUUUAUCCUGUGUCACAUUUAUUGUUUUACAGAUGUUACAGUUGUUUUAGUUUAUAAAAAUAUCUUUCUUAUGGAAUUUUUGAAAUGUCUGUUAAUUGUCCAAAUAAUGCUUUUUAUUAAAUAUUGUGUUGGACAAGACAAUAGAAAUGUGAUGUUAAAUGUCAAUUUUAGUAUUUAAGUUCAAUUUUUAGACAAAGGGUUUAAUUUUUAAAAUCACAACAAGGAUAUUGACAGAAGAUGGGUAACAAAAAUAGCACUUUUACUGAUAUCAGUAAUGCUACAGAGACUUGAGAGUAAAAUAUCAGAUUAGAUUAACAGGUCUGAUGUAUGAGGUAGAUGGCUACUUUUAGAAGGAUCAAUCUGAUGAUCCCAGAAUUAGGCAAUGGUUUCACUGGGUAGAAAAGAGUGGGCACCCCUGGCCUAAUCCUUAGUUUUAGGGGCAAUAAGUAAGAAUUCUACAGUGAAAUAAUCACAAAGCAUCUCCUGUUCCAGGCAAGUUUGAAGGAAGGUUACGUUGAAAACGAUCUCCUCAGCUGACUAGUUUUUCUCCUUUUAAAAAUCAGAAGAGGGAUGCUCCCUCUCUGGUUAUGUUCUGUCCUGCCUACAUAGUUCCUGGUUCCAGAGCCAAUCGUGAGCCUGCAGGGUUUGUAAUUUGUAAUUCAACACUGGAAAGAGCAGCAGCAUUAUGGACAAAGUCAGCCAGUAAAUGGAGGGACCCAGAAGUUAUUCCUUGUACCCAGAAGAAGCCUUGACGUUUUUUGGUUUAACUAACAUCCUGUAGGGUUAAAUAUUCUUGCUUUUAAAGGGGCAUUAUGGAAGUUUGACAGCCAAAACAUGUAUAGAAAUAAUAAAUGUCUUCAUACAUUCUCCUGCAAUGCCCUGGUCCUGUAGAAUGAGCCCUGGCAUUUUUACUGUGAUUGCCUGUUUUUCUGUAAAAUCACAGAAAAAGAGAGAUGCUCGGGUCGAGCAGGCUGCUUCAUGCGCGUUCAUGCUCAGGCAUAGCCCGUAGCAUUUGCUAUCCGUAGCUUAGCAGCAGAGAGGGAGGCAGUGCCAACUCGGCGACUUUGUCACUGUUCCUAACGCCUAGUGAUGAACCUAGCUACAUUUCUGAGGACCCUUAGCUACUUUCUGUAGAACUUUCUUCUAGAUAUUUCCUGCAAAUUAGCAACAAAAUAGCCAUUUUCACUCCGAACUGUUCUUUGGUUUGACGUUGUUUCAGCUGUCAUCAAGGAUAUAAAUGUUACAGAUACUGUGAAUGUUACUAGAGUGUAGCUCACCCAGUAAGAUGUCUGACUCCCAUGCAGAAAACCUGGGUUUGAAUCUGGGUGUGAACAUAGUUCAUUUAGAGUUUCUUUUUUACAUUAAUGGUAUAUUUUUUUACAGUAAGAUGCCCAAUUUUUUUUUUGAGACUCGCCGAACGCCAUUGAAUUCACAGAUUAAAAAGAUUUGGGUUCAACUUUCA